UUGGUCGAAGCCACCGAAAUGCUCCCAUAAGACUGGAAAUCCUUGGAAUUUUCAGGAUUAAUUCAAUGUACGAACGCAAUGAGUGAGAAAAACGAAGUUAAUUCACAAAUUGAAGAGGACGAGAAGAUUAUUCUGGAAGAAAUGAAGAAAAUCGAGGAGCUGGAUGCUUCUAUCUACGACUUGGAGCUGCAAAUAAAGAAAGGAAACGAAGAUCUCUCGAAGGAACAGGUUAAAAAUCGUGAGAGACUGAGGGACAUGUUGUCGUCAGCUCCGCCAGAGUGUGGAGUUCUGUCCAAAAAUACAGCUAAAUUUCUCGAUUUACAUAAAAUUGAAGAUUCUGGAGCUGAUCCUGAAGAAAUCAACAUGACAGACGAGGAGAAGGAACGAAUCAAUGAUUUACUUGAGGAUUUUUCUGAUGACAAAGAGUCGAGUCCUUAUUUCAUCAACGAGGAGAUGCAAAAUAUAUUGAACACUGAUUACAAAGACAAUUCUAAUUAAUAUUAGGAAACGAAAAUUACGAUUACAAAUUUUUGUCUUUUUUCUUUUUAUCAGAGAUCGUGUAUUUGUCGUAGCUUUUUGUUGGGUCGAAGGGCUCCCAUCUGCUCGCUGGAAAGAUGUGUUUGUUUCUCUCGUACCAUGACCUAAAAAUAAUA